UUUCAUACAAGCUUUACAACUUCCUAUACAAGAAGAAAUUAACGAGUUACAAAAAGUAUCACUUGUUUCAAAUAUUGAACAAAAUACAUUUUUUUGGCUUCAUGCUUUAGUUCGAUUUAAUAAAAGUUGUGGAAUAUUCAAAUUUAUUGAAUUAAUUGAUUCAGUUGUAGAACUUGAAACUUAUCUUUGCUAA